AAUAAAUUUGUAAUCAUAAAUGCAUGCAUUACCUUUACCUUCACCUUGUGGUUUCCCCGCCAAGGCCAAACUCAUAAUUCCCUCUCCAAAAUGAGCUACAAUGGAGUGUUCUAAUUCCCGAGAAGAACCCAACAAUGGCAGUCCAUCGGACUGGGACGACGACCAACCCUUUACCUUAGAAGACCUCGAAGCCAUCGACGCUGCUUUCCAAUCCGCCUCCAAAAGGCCUCGAGUAGGCACUCAGCAGGGCCAGCACCAUCGCCGAUUGCCCAACUCCAUUCUCGCUCUCCAGCUUCCUGGCUCCUCUCUCUCGCCUUGUCAAGCAAAGGCAAAGAUGAGAUUCAGAUACCCUGUGAUGAAGUUUUUGGGUCCAAUCAAAUAUAGCAGGACUGAAGUUGAUGUGGAGAGAGCUUCAAUGGAGGUUCUAAAAAUUGUUGAAGCAAAGAAAAAAGAAGUGGGUCAGGUUGCAAUUGGGUUUGACAUUGAGUGGAGAGCCUCAUUUAGAAAAGGUGUUCCACCUGGGAGGGCUGCGGUUAUGCAGAUAUGUUUGGACAAUAGUCUUUGUUAUGUGAUGCACAUCUUCCAUUCUGGAAUACCUAAAAGUCUGCGGUUACUUCUUGAGAAUUCCAUGUUUUCAAAGGUUGGAGUUGGCAUUGGCAAUGAUUCUGUUAAGAUUUCAAAGGACUAUGAUGUAUCUAUCCAAGCAGUGGAAGAACUUUCCUAUCUAGCUAAACAGAAGAUCGGCGGAGAUUCACAAAAGUGGAGUCUUGCCUCUUUAACUGAGAAUCUCAUCUCCAAACAGCUCCUUAAGCCCAGGAAAAUUCAGCUUGGAAAUUGGGAGACUGAUGUUUUAUCAAAGGACCAGUUGCAGUAUGCUGCCACUGAUGCUUUUGCCUCAUGGUAUUUAUAUGAGGUUUUAAGAACUCUCCCUGAUAUUGAAAAGGUCCCAAUCGACGACCAAAGUGGUGAACUAAAAGAUGUGUCACCACAGUGAUCUUGGCCCUCAAAUCCAUGUGUUCAGUAUUAUUACCAAAGGUCUGCAUUCUUGUUAGAUUGGCUGCCAUUGUUUUAUAUAAUUUUUCUUUCUUUUUCAUUUCUGAAUUAGUAAAAAGUCAAUGAUUUUGAUUGACUAGGAAAACAACCUUGUUGUAAUCUUAUGAGAUUCUUUGCUUUAGGACUGUAAUUUUAAGGAAUAAAAAUAUUCUCUCUCCAAAUUACAUGUUUGCUCUGUUCCACCA